AUGGAACGAAUAUGGAGGCUGCUACAAGCGGCUUCCUUUCUCGUACCGUUACUACAAAACGUGUUAUCAGAUAGCUCAGACGUGUUUGAAAAUGGAAAAUCAGACAAAGAGAUACUUGAUAAUUUGGUGAACCCAAAUAGAUAUGACAAAAGAUUAUUGCCACCAGUGGACGAUCAAGAUUUUUGUUGUGGGAUGAAAACACCUCAAGAUGUGAGAGUGAUACUUCCUUCGGCCAACAGACAUCCUAUCCGUAAAGGGCCUUUAUUAGUAAAUGUCAGUGUGCUAUUACUCAGCCUGGCCUCACCCGACGAGUCUAGUUUGAAAUACGAGGUUGAAUUUUUACUGCAACAACAAUGGUAUGACCCUCGUUUGCGGUACUCGAACCAAAGCAGGUAUGAUUUUCUAAAUGCUAUUCACCACCACGGGGAUAUUUGGGUCCCGGACACGUAUUUCAUCAUGCACGGCGAUUUCAAAGCAUCGCUAAUACCAGUACACUUUUCUCUGAGGAUCUACAGAAACGGCAGUGUCCAUUAUUUAAUGAGACGCCAUUUGAUCCUGUCUUGCCAGGGUAUAUUGAACAUAUUUCCGUUUGAUGAUCCUCAGUGCACGUUUUCAAUGGAAAGCAUAUCAUAUGAAAUGUCAGCUAUAAAAUAUGUGUGGAAAAAUGAUGAAAGCACUUUGAAGAAGUCACCAUCGUUAAAAACUUUAAAUGCAUACUUAGACCGAAAUCAUACAACUGAAUGCCCAUCAACUGGCAGUUGGAGAGGUAAUUAUAGCUGUCUUGAAGUGAAUUUGAUUUUUACCAGAGACAGAGCAUUCUAUUUUACUACGGUUUUCAUACCUGGUAUAAUAUUGGUGACUUCAUCAUUCAUCACGUUCUUUCUUGAAUGGAAUGCAGUGCCGGCAAGAGUAAUGAUAGGUGUAACUACAAUGUUGAAUUUUUUCACUACAUCGAACGGUUUCCGAAGUACUCUGCCAGUGGUAUCAAAUUUAACAGCCAUGAACGUUUGGGAUGGCGUGUGUAUGUGUUGUAUAUACGCCAGUUUAUUGGAGUUCGUGUUAGUAAACUACGUGGGACGAAAACGUUCAGACUGGCCGUUACCAAUUGUAUACCAGAAUAAAGAUCAAGACUACAAACAAAUAACGCAACGUUACUUAAAUCGACAAGAUGCAAAUCAGAUUAGUUAUGAAAGUUAUGUGGAUAACGAAAAAUAUUCAAUAUACAGUGACAAGACCCAAGGGGAAUGUUCCAGUUGUGGGCAAGGGGCGUGCACACAUUCGUUAUUACACAACACCUGCCCAUCAAAAACAGAAGAGCAAAACAUCAGAAGCAACGGCGGCAACAAACGUAAAAUGCCGCCACACCCGAUACGGAUCGCCAAGACCAUCGACGUUAUCGCUCGCAUCACAUUUCCUACGGCAUACGCAGUGUUUCUGAUAUUCUUCUUCAUUCAUUACACUAGUCAUCCAAGCCAUUGGUCCCAGUAG